CCUCAAAAAUGCGGCUUGCCAUAUACGUUGCAUUUCUUAGUUCGAUUGGCACUCAGAGUGCCUUCUUGAGCAGCUUGCUGAUGUCCCUUGGGAAGGAGCUACACUACACAACCAUUCUGCUCGUAGGAGGUUCCUCUUCGUGCUGGAGCCUGGAGCCCUUUGAAACGGGUGUUCCCAUCAUAAACUUGAGGGGGGAGAAGAACGCGUAUCCACAAGAUACUUUCAACUCGCAGAUACUUGCACUUGCCUGCUUGCAGAACCAAAGCGAAAAGGCAGCGAAAUCGCUUUAUAGAAGUCUUGAGGAUAUGCGAGAUACACCCACCUUACUAUUCGCAUCCUCGGAUGAGCAAAUACGCAAUCUAUUCCUGGAGUGUUUCAGGGAGAGCAUGCUGAAUGUCCUGGCAGUAAAGGGUUCUAGUGCAGAAUACAUCUACAGCUACCAGGCAUUCCCAACAUUCCGCGUUAUAAAACGAAAGCUGGUGGAAAUCCGUAGAUACUUCGCACCACAACUCAAGGAUCUUGGCGGGCAUAUAGUGACUGCACUGCCCGGCAACAUAAUGCCACGCACAAUGUGCUAUAGGAAUGCCGGGGGAGAGCGCCAAUUGGCCGGAUACCUGCAUACCUUCAUACGCAACUAUGUGGAGAGCAUUAAUGGAACUCUGAGGAUUUCCUGGGACCUCGUGCCCGAGGACGGUAUGAGGCACUUCACCAUAUCAAGGCUCUCGAAGAUACAGCACGUGGACUUCCCGCUGGGAAUCAUUGCCAUUUACAACAAGACGGGCAGGCAGCAUGUGCCCAUGGAGAUUUCCAGCUGGUUCCUGAUGUUGCCCAUGGAGCCGCCCGUUCCGCGAGCUCAUCUCUUCGUCAAGCUGGGCCUGCAGAGGCUGCUACCCAUCAUAGUUGUUGUGGGUGCCGUGCUCGGCAAUGCCCAUCGGAUGGAAGUGGGUCUGGGGCCCAGCUGGCGUUGCUACUACCUGGCGGAUCGGGUGCUGCGGGGAGCCUUGGCACAGCCAUUUGUCCUUCCGAGAAGGCUCUCCCCCAAGCUGAUGCUUAUUUAUUGGCUGCUCCUGCUGAGUGGGUUCUUUCUGAGCAACUACUACAUGGCCAGCCUCACGACGUGGCUCGUACAUCCGCCGGCGAAUGAUCCAAUCCUGGAGUGGGAUCAGUUGCGCUGCCUGGAGCUUAAAAUACUUACCAUUCCCGAGGAGUUCAAGUACAUGUCAUUGAUACUGGGCACGGACUUUAUGAAGGCCUACGGCAAUGUAUUUCAGCUCACGAACUCGUCGGAUUUCCAGAGGAGGCGCAUCUCAAUGGAUCCCUCCUACGCCUACCCAGUGACCACUAGCCUGUGGCCCUUUCUAGAGCUGUCCCAAGUGAGACUACGGCGACCGCUAUCCGACCUGGGCGGAACUAUCGUUAGUUUCCUGGCGCUCCUCUUGGAGCUAGCUCACUACAGGUGGCACUUGGGGAACUCCUCACUCUAAACGGAUUAUUCGUAUCUCCCCAACCAGACUACCAAUAAAGCCACAUUACCACGAA